AGGAGCCGCCACGCACCCCCUGGGUCCCCUCCACCGCCCGCCGGCGUUCCCACUUCAAUUCGCCCAGCGCCCCUUUCUCCUCCCGAAAGGCAGGGCAACCCUACAAAACGCUGUCUCGGCUUCGCCGUCCAGCGGAACAGUGUACGGGAGCAGUUCGUCGCGUGUGUCGCGUCGCGUUGCGUUGCGCCACCCACUAAUUCGAACGGACGGGACUGGGAUUCGAAAUUUCGAACACGCGCCGCCUGAGAGAGAGAGAGAGAGUGAGAGAAAGAGAGAGAGAGAGCAGGAGAGAUGGUCAGGCCUUUGUGAUCUCCCGCGGGGCUGGAGGUGUGCGGGGAUGGAUCUCGCGGGGAUGAAGCGGCGGGAGCUCCAGGCGCUCUGCAAGCGGCACGGCCUCCCCGCCGGGGGCACCAACGCCGACCUCGUCGGACGUCUCGACGCCGUGCUUUCGGGGCCCGCUGUUGUGGAGGAGGAGGUUGCCGGAGUGCCGGCGAGGAAGGGGUGUCUGAAGCAAACGGGCGGAGGUGCCACCGAGGCCAAGAAGGUUACUUUUGGGGCGGAGGUAGGGAAGGCCAGGAGACUGAGGUCUCGGGUCAUAUGGUCGCCGGUCGUUGCCAAGACAAGGGGGAAGUCUGCUCGAGCCGGUACUGAUUCUGCUGCUGAAGACGGUAUUUCUGCAGAUGUGGGCGCUGAUGUCCCAGUGAGGCGGUCCAGGAGGAAUUCGUUCAAUCCUGCCGAGGCUGAGGAAGCAGGAGAGGCUGUUGCUGUUGACAGGAAGCCCAAGCGCAAGAAUCAGGAGAAUGACGAGGGCGUUGCUGUUAUCGCUCAGGCUAGAGUUACGAGAAGGUCAAAUUUGGAGUGGUCUGCUACUGUAUUGCCUCCUGCUGUUGAGAAGAAGAGAGGGAGGCAGAAUGCAGCUGAGUCUGAUGUGCAGAAGUCCGCUCUGGUGGAAGUAACAGCUAGGACUACAAGGUCUCGCUCAAUCGUACCUGUUGUGGUGCCACCCACUGUGGUUGAGAACAAGAGGAGGAAGACUGGAGAUCCACAAACAACUGUAGAGUUGACUAUGCUUUCAGAUGUGCCCAGAAGUGAUUUUCCUGCCACCAGGUCUUUAAGGAACAAAAUUGUCCACGUUAACAACAGCGUCGUGGACGAAACUCACACUACCAGGCAGUUGGAAAACAAGAUGCGUCCGUCUACUCGUAGGCAUCAACAGGUUGCAUCUUCUCCGGAGGAUAAAGGUCAAAAAAUUCCUGCUACCAGUAAGUCCCCUCUACUGAGGUGGUCACGGAGAAACUAUUCUGAGGCCAAUAGUGCAAAUUCAGUAAACAUCAAAUUGGCCAAAGACUCGAGCACAGCUCAGCCAUUGGCACACCAUAAUUCUCAUUCUGAAGAUUUGGAGAAACAACCAGCAGUUAAAGAACCAAUUAAACGGUCAACACGUAAAUCUAUUGCUUUGGCUGCACUUGAGAAAGAGAAGGAUGUAAUUGAAGGAAAGAACCCUGAAGCACAUGUUAGGCGAUCAACGAGGAAAUCAGUUGUGCAGGUUAAAGAUACCAAAAGUAUUGUUGAAGAGACUCAAUAUGCUAACAGUGAAGAUGUGGCGAAGCAACCAGCAACUAAAGGACCUGCUAGGGGGCUGAGACGUAAAUCUGUUAUCACAGAAUUGCAUGAGAAAGAGAAGAGUCUCAUUGCCGAAAAGAACAUGGAAACAGAUGAAGCGAUAUUAACGCGGAAGCCUGUAAUCCCAGUUAAAAAUAUUAAAGCUGUUGGUGAAGGAAUUCAAAUUGGUAAGGGCAAAGAUGUGGAUAAACAAUUUGUUGUGAAGCAACCUACUAGGCGAUCAUCGCGCAAAUCUGUGCUGCCUGAUAUGCUUGAGAAUAAUAGUGGACUUCUAGCACCCAAAAUGAAUGCUGAGAUGAAUGUUAGGAGAUCAACACGGAAGUCUGUUCUUCCUGACAUGCAUAAUGAGAAGCAAGAUCACCAUAAAAUGGCUAGAAAUGAGAACUUGCAAAGUGGUAAAUAUCAAGAUGGUGAGAAGCAACAGAAAGUAAAAGAUUCUAUUAGGCAAUCAAGGAGAUCUAUCGCUACAGUGCUACUUGAGGGACAAAAUAAUGAUGAAGGAAAAAAGUUCAAAAAUCCUACGAGGAGGACAACACACAAAUCUCAUGCCCUUAAUGCAGUUGAAGAGGUCAGCAUGGAUCACAUUGAAGUUGGUGAAGAAGGCUUGAAAUUGAGGAAGCGCAGUAGGUUUUUGCUGGAAAUAUCAUCUUCAGCUAAUGUUUCCUGGAAGCAUCAGAAUGCACAGAUCUCUAAUGAAAAAGAUAACACAGAAGGAUCGCAGCAGGCAUCAAAUUGCACAACUUCAAAGAGAAGGUCUUCAAAGAAGAGACGAACAACUGCUCCAGAAGAAGUGAUGCCUUUCAAGGUGGCAAAUGAUGACAUAGUUAUCAUGGAAGAAACAAAGGACACACUUGAAUAUAAUAAUGAGUCUAGUAGUAAAGUUCAAGAAAUUUGUCAGGUUAAUGCUGCAAGAGAAGAGUUCUCUUCAGGUCCAUUGCUUGUAACAGUAGCUCCUAGUGACGAAAUUUGCACAGUGCAGAGUGUAGCUGUGGUGAUACCUGGGUCAGAAUCUGGUGACGAUGCAAAUCAAAGUUCUGAUAAGAGUAAGCAACCUCAGGAACAUUCUGUCACUCAAACUGUUGAUGACCAUUUAUCUGAAACAAGAAGUGGGAAAUUAGAUCAAUCAACAUGCAUCACAGGAUUAGUCUCUGACAAUUGUGUUGUCUCAGAGGACAAAACAUUGAUGAGUGAAGACCGUGAAGAGCAAAGCCCUGUGUCCGGAGAACAGAGAGUUAGCUUGGAAGCAAAUGCCAAUGAGCCUGAGGAAAAGAACCUAGCUAACGUCACAUCAACUGAUCUCCACACCAAAAGUCUGCAGCAUGAUAUUGACAGAAUAGCUAAAGAGACUGAUAAAGAUGUUUUGUCUUUGGUUUUCCCUAUUGAAGAGCAUGAAGAAAAAUAUGGAGUGAGCCCUAUAGCUGUUGAAAAGUGCGUCUGUCGUGAAGCAAGUGCAUGUGAAUCUGCACGAAAACCCCUAACCGUUAUCUUUUCUAACAAUCUCCACACCAAACAUCUGCAACAUGAUUGUGAUGUGCUAAUUAAGGAGACUGGUGAAGAAGUUUUAGCUCAGGAGAAUUGUAAUGACCAGCCUGUUCCUGCCCAGACUGACCAAGAAAUUAAGUUAAACGAUGAACUUGCUGAUCCGGAUGUUUUAGCUCAGGAGAAUUGUAAUGACCAGCCCGUUCCUGCCCAGACUGACCUAGAAAUUAAGUUACACGAUGAACUUGCUGAUCCGGACCAUGAAGAGCAAAGCCCUGUAUCCGGAGAACGGAGAGUUAGCUUGGAAGCAAAUGCCAACGAGCCUGAGGAAAAGAACCUAGCUAACGUCAUAUCAAUUGAUCUCCACACCAAAAGUCUGCAGCAUGAUAAUGGCAGAAUAGCUGAAGAGACUGAUAAAGAUGUUUUGUCUUUUGUUUUCCCUAUUGAAGAGCAUGAAGAAAAAUAUGCAGUUAGCCCUAUAGCCGUUGAAAAGAGCUUCCGUCAGGAAGCAAGUGCAAUUGAAUCUGCAGGAAAACCCCUAACUGUCAUCUUUUCUAACGAUCUCCACACCAAACAUCUGCAACAUGAUUGUGAUGUGCUAAUUAAGGAGACUGGUGAAGAAGUUUUAGCUCAGGAGAAUUGUAAUGACCAGCCUGUUCCUGCCCAGACCGACCUAGAAAUUAAGUUAAAUGAUGAACUUGCUGAUCCGGAUGUUUUAGCUCAGGAGAAUUGUAAUGACCAGCCUGUUCCUGCCAACGAGCCUGAGGAAAAGAACCUAGCUAACGUCAUAUCAACUGAUCUCCACACCAAAACUCUGCAGCAUGAUAAUGACAGAAUAGCUGAAGAGACUGAUAAAGACCAUGAAGAGCAAAGCAAUGUGUUCGGAGAACGGAGAGUUAGCUUGGAAGCAAAUGCCAACGAGCCUGAGGAAAAGAACCUAGCUAACGUCAUAUCAACUGAUCUCCACACCAAAACUCUGCAGCAUGAUAAUGACAGAAUAGCUGAAGAGACUGAUAAAGACCAUGAAGAGCAAAGCAAUGUGUCCGGAGAACGGAGAGUUAGCUUGGAAGCAAAUGCCAACGAGCCUGAGGAAAAGAACCUAGCUAACGUCAUAUCAACUGAUCUCCACACCAAAACUCUGCAGCAUGAUAAUGACAGAAUAGCUGAAGAGACUGAUAAAGAUGUUUCGUCUUUGGUUUUCCCUAUUGAAGAGCAUGAAGAAAAAUAUGCAGUGAGCCCUAUAGCUGUUGAAAAGAGCGUCAGUCGGGAAGCCAGUGCAUGUGAAUCUGCAGGAAAACCCCUAACUGUCAUCUUUUCUAACGAUCUCCACACCAAACAUCUGCAACAUGAUUGUGAUGUGCUAAUUAAGGAGACUGGUGAAGAUGUUUUAGCUCAGGAGAAUUGUAAUGACCAGCCUGUUCCGGCCCAGACUGACCUAGAAAUGAAGUUAAACGAUGAACUUGCUGAUCCGGAAGUUUUAGCUCAGGAGAAUUGUAAUGACCAGCCUGUUCUUGCUCAGACUGACCUAGAAACUAAGUUAAACGAUGAACUUGCUGAUCUGGCUAUGGAAUCAGGUUGUAGCAUUACUGAAAGGAAUGAAGGGCUUGUUGCUCAUAAUCUUGAUCAAGAAGGUUUCCUUGAAGCAACACCAGAGUGCAAACAGGAAUGUGGUUUGCCUGAGGAGACAGUAAUUUCCUCAAAAGAAACAGGAUCUCUGCUGUGUGCAGAUCAAUCACCAAUUGGUCUGGAAUCUUUAUUUUCGCAAGAAAGCAUAGUUGAAUCAGUGGGGCAUUGUGCACUUGCUUCAGCAACAACUCAUACCGAAAAUGGCUUUGAUGAUUCAAAAGAUUGCCAUAACAAGUCUGCACUUGAAAAUGUUCAUGUGCCAGAACCUUGUUCACACAAUGAUACUAAAGGAGGCAUUUUUAAAAAUGUUGAUUGUAUGCAUACAUCCCAGCGAGAUGAUAGAAUGGAAGGAGUACCAGAGGCUAACACUGAUGAAGAACAUGUUCUGUCAGCCUUUUUGCUGGAUGCAAAUCACCUAAACGUAGUCAUUAAUUCUGAAGAAGUGGUUUGUGAGGGUGAAGAUAGUAAGGAGCUUCUCCAUUCGGAAGACUGUAAAGCUUCAUCCGAGAAAACAGAUGUGAAUGAUGGCAAUGUAUAUGGUAUUAGUGAUGCUGUAGUGAGAUGUGCACUGCAUGCUCCAGCCGAUGAUAAUUAUGAGAUUUUUUUGGGUCCCAAUACUGAUGUACCACGUCAGGUUUAUAAUGACGGAUGCAGUGAUGUCAAAGAAGAUCGAUUUGCUUCCAAACCCUGGACAAUUGAUAUUAUUGAGGAUGCCUCUGUCAAAGAAAGAUCAAAUUUAAAAGAUUGGCAACUUGAUUCCAAGUUGGAGGGCACAGAAAUAGUGGAAUCUGGCCUUUACUUCAAUAAGGAUAUUGGUAACAUUUUACAUAGUGGAUCUAUUGGUGAAAUAACUCCAUCUGGUUCUGGUUUAUCAAAAGAUUCAUCUGUGGACUAUAGAGGGGAGGUUUUAGAUGGCUUCUCAAUGGAAGCAUCUCUUGAAAGGUCUUCUACACGUGGGGAACAAAAUGGUUGUAGACUAGAUGCUAUUGAGAAUCCUUCAAUUACUUUAGCAACUUCUGGUUAUAAGCAUGAAGGUGCUUUAUCUGAGGAAGCAGUGUACACAAAGAAGAAUUACGCUGGAACAUGCUUGUCAAAUCCCAGGGAAUUAAUCAUGGAGCUGCAAUCCCAUUUCUCAAAGGAAAACAUAAAUGAAUCUGAUCCUCAUGACAGCCUUGUAUUCCCAACUGCUGAAAAUUCAGCAGAUGAACAGCUGGUUAAAGUACACCAUGGUUCUAAUCUGUCUCAGUUAGGAUUAACUGAUCUGUUGGAUGGACCAAUUGGGUGUUCCAAUACCGACGUGUUGUGCCAGUGUGACAAUCAUAAAAAUCAAUCCAAUGAGGACAAGGUAGAGGAAGUUGAGGCGGUGUCUGCUGCUAAAUACAUAGAAAGUGAAGUUGUGCUGCUCCCAUCUCAAGAGAGAUCAAAUUUGAAUAAUGAGCAGCUUAACACCAAGUUGGAAAGCCCAAACAUUAUGGGAUCUUGCCUUAACUGUGAUAACGAUGUUUGUAAUACUUCGGACAAUGGAUCUGUUUUUGUCAUUGGUAAAAGAACUCCAUCUGCUUCUGGCUUACCAGAAGAUUAUCCUAAGGAUAGUGACUUGCAACAACCGGUUUUAGAUAGCUUCUCAGUGGUUUCAUCUUUUCAAGACAAUAUAUCUGGGAAGAAAACUGUUUCUGGUGUAGCAGGCAGUGAGAUUCUUUCUUUAAGUUUAGCAACUCCUGAUUAUAAACAUGAAGAUGGUUUCUCUGAGGAAGCAGUAUGCAGAACAAAGAAUUAUACUGGAACUUCCUCGGUAGAUCCGAGGCAUUUAGACAUGGAGGGGCACUCUAUUUACUCUGAGGGAGGUACUGAAAAAUCUAAUCUGCAAGAUAAUCUUGCAUUUCUAAGCGCUGAGAGUGGAAAAGAUGAACCUAUUAUUUGCCAUGUUGAGAAACUGGUUGACGCACAUGCUUCUUCAGAUACAUACCAAGGUCCUUGUCAAGAUCUAGGCAGACAUGAAGAACAAGAGAGCUGCAUGUCUAUUCCUAUGCAAGCCAAAGAAAGUGGAGGGGUUUUGAGGUCUAGCCACACGAAAGGGUCAGUUACAGCAGCCCAAAUUGAUUUGGCAGGUGAUGCCCAUCUUAUUGUGAGUGAUAAUGCUGCUGCCAAGCAAGUGUUUAGUGAGGAGAAAGAGGAAACAAAAUCUAUCUCUUCUUCAGAUAUUGAUAUCCUUCAUGAAAAAUCAUACUCCAGUGGACACGAUGACCAUGCUGCUUGUGCUGCCGAAACUCAGUUCUACCAUCCACAGAAAGCAUCUAUAUCUGAUGGACUACAUUUGGGUCCUAGUUCUUUGCAAGUAGAAUCACUGGAUGCUUUGGAUAGCGAUAUACUGUAUGUUAACACAGGAGUUCUCGAGCAGCAUCAUAAAGAGGGUUACUAUGAACCCAGUGUCUACCAAAUCACUUCAGGCAUUUGCACAAUGUCUGAAGCUGAACCAUUCGAAGUUUUAGAAACUGGAAAAGAUGUAAAAACGCCAUCUAAGCUAGAUGAGCAACUUAAUCCUGGGUUGGACGGAGAUGAAGCUGAGAAACACAGCUUAGACUGUGGUACAGACACCAGUCCUGUGAUGAGCAAGAGAACCCUUUCUUCACCAGGAUCAGGACCAUGCCAGCAGUAUGUAAAUGAAAGCACCACCAGUACACAGUCGACUGAUAAUCACCCAAACGACCUACCCGCUCCGAGAUCUCCUGAACAAUCCGCGUGUUUUCAGAAUGACAACGAUUCGGGUUCAGUAGGCAUUUGUCAAAGCAGCAGGCGAAGAGGUAUAGAUGAACUUUGCGGUAAGCUGCAGAGUUUCAAAGUUUCCAGCGCCGUAAAAGGAAGCUACGUAGCUAUGGGUGCACCUCGUCCGAAGCCUGGGGACAGCACGAGCCGAUCUGCAGCCGCGCUGCUCAGGAACAUAGAGAACACAACUGCUGUUAAAGCUGGCCGUCCUCCUGUCAAGCCAAACGCCGAUGGUAAGGACUCGUCUAGGCGAGCCCUGCAGCCCAUAAGCGGAAGGCCUGACAGUAGGUAGUUCGGCGGUUCCUUAAUAAGUGUGUCGUGUUUGUGUUCAACCCUUUGUUGAAAGCCAGGUCCGUGUAUUUGUGCAGCUUGUUGUCAUGAAGCUGCUGUGUGCGUGUCAUUUAACAUAAGCGUGCGUGAAGUUGUGUUAUGGAAGUGGCUAAAUAUGUGUUCGUUAGGAGGUCAAUUGGCUUGAACUGACCCUGCUGUUCCGUGAUUUCUGUCUAAAUAUACUUGUGUGGCUGUGUCACUUUGAUUGGCCUUA